AUGUCUUCCCCUAAACCCACGCCCAUCCCCACUACCCCCCUCCGCGCGGCCCGCUUCCAGUCGGCCACACCCGGCUCUUCGGUCUCCAUGCGUGCGCAAUGCAGCGACAACCCGGCGGACUUUGCCAUUGUCAAGAUCCAUACCGCCAAAUGUUCCAUCUGCGACAGGCGCAACGCAACCGACAAGAUGCGCCGCUGCAAAGGUUGCACGUGGCAGAUCUGUCGUCCCUGCCAGAUCCAGCGCGAAGACAACGGUCGAUCCUUGGCCCACGGUAACUCAAUGACUGCGACCCCAACAGCAUCAACGGCGCGGCGCCGCGUAUUCCCCCCUACGGAGAUCAAGGAUCCUCAGGCUGAGGCCGCGUUGGCAAAGGUCAAGAAAGAGAUGGCUGAGGAGGCGCCAGCCAAGAAGAAGACUGGCAAGUCCACCGUGGCAGCUCAAGAGAUUACCACUCCUCCGUCCAGAAACGAGCGCACGAAGCUCCAGCGGAAGGCCAAAAAGAAUAGGGGUUUGGCUGAGGUCGAAACGGAGUCUGACGAUGGUGAUGAUAAUGAGGUGCUGGUGCGUGACCAGCUCUCUCCGUUUGGCGGGCCCGGCAGCAAACGCCGCCUUGAUUUUCAAGACGCUUCAUCCGCAAACGAGGACUCUCCAAACAAGCGAGCGCGCAUGGAGUGGCCGGAGCGAAUGAAGGCACCAACGCCUCUUCCCGCCGAGUGGGAUAUGACGCCGCAGGAGAAAGCGAACCUGCAGGAGAAGAUCUACGCCAACCUCGCCGGCGCAAACGGUCUUCGUUCAUCGCAGCACCCCUCGACUAUGAAAGACAGGUUUGGAGUCGAUACCGUGCCUAGUCGCGCAUACCCGGGCACUCAUGCCCAGGGUCAGCCCGUUGUGUACCUCAGCACUUCCACUCCACGUAGCCGACAAGUGUUGAUCCCCAAGACCAUUUCGCGCAAUGGCAAGCCUCGCAAGUCAGGCGACAAGCUGGUGGCGGAAAUCCAGGAGAAGGUAAGAAUCAAACUCCACGAGCGCUAUGGAUGGACAUACACUGGAGCACCGCCUGCAGCUACGGAUACCCCUCCCGAUGAGCUACCUGCUCGGGAGCCACGUCAAGGCACUCUCCGUGACCUUGUCGACGACGAAGUGCGCACCCUACACCACAACUUGGGCCUGGACGAGGACCAGCAAACCGAGUUGGUCGCAGCUAUGAAGGGUGCUGCUCGCAAAUGGGGCAAUGAUAUCGUAAAGUCGAUGCCAGCAGGCUUCAAGACCAUAGCCAAGCCAGGCCUUGAUCUUGCACUUGAAUACCUCACCUAUGCGCAACAGCAACGGGUCGUCGCCCUUGUUCAGAUGCAAGCUGGCAACAAGCUGAAGGAGUUUGAGGCCGAGGGCACUCCUUCCUCAGUUGAUGCCCAGGGAGUUGGUGGCCCGGAGAACGUGGACGGUAGCCAGGGCGAGCGCUGAGCGGUCGACGUAACGGACAUCUCGGUAAGACGGUCCCCCCUGCUGCUGUCAAAUGCAUGAUGAUAACUCUUUAGAGGCGAGAGGGAGGCUCUGGUAUCGUCACGUCGCACAGCCUCCGAGGCCGAGGCCGUCGCACACAAGCCAGGAUCAAGACGACUGGCCGAUGCGUGUGCCUGCAUUGCAUUCACUGAGGCUUUCAUGGCAAAGUGGGAGGUGAUUCUUCGUCUUGUUCGAUUCUAAUGACACAGCGUUCCGUUGUGCGGUCGCAAUGACCAUCGGACUUUGUCAUGUUUGGUGUACACAGUGUCUUCUAAGGUAUCUGUAGGAUAUGAGAUAGGGUUUUAUGAGAGGAAAUUAU